GCAGUCCCACUGUUACCAAGCUGCUCCUGCCUUAUGGCAUCAAUGGUGGUGGACCUCAUUCUCGGUUGGUGGCUGGUGGCAGCGAGCAGGGCACAGAACCUGCCCCGACCCUCCCUGUCACUGCACCCCAGCCAGGGGGUGUCCCUGGGGGACAAUGUCACCCUGCGCUGCCACCUGCCCCGGCUGGCUGCCUGGGUCUUGCUGCACCAGGAAGGAGGUUGGUUUUACAACAAGGAGAAGACGAAGGAGCAGGACGCGGCCGAGUUCUCCUUUGUUGGCACAAAGCGGGAACAUGCAGGUCGUUAUCUGUGUCUGUGCCGGGUGUCUUGGUCAGUAGGGGCAUUAGAGAAGAGUGACCCUGUGGAGCUGGUGCUGACAGAUCUCAGAUAUCCCCCAUCCAGCAUUUCCCUUCACCCUGAGCAACAUGUGGGAACAGGGACCAGUGUCACCAUCCGCUGCUGGAACAAGGACUAUGGGGCCACCUUCCUCCUGCACAAGGAUGGGAGCUCAGACCCUCUCAAGCACCAGGACUCCAGUGGUGGUGGUGCUGCAAACUUUACUUUCCUUGCGGUGACCCCAGCUGACAGUGGAACCUACAGGUGCUCCUAUCGCCUCAGGGGUUACCCAUUUGUGUCCUCACCCCUUGGGGACAGCGUGAUGCUGGAGGUGACACCCACCCCUGCACCCCCAGGGACACCCAAACUCCCGGACCCCACAGGUGCCGAGGAGCAGUCCCGUGCCAAUCUGGUGAUGGCACUGGUGAGGGGCUUUGUGGCUGCAUUCGUCUUUGGCCUCGGAGUCUUCUUUGUCAUCGAUGCCCGCAGCCUCUGGAUACGGAGAGAUGACAACUGUGGUGCCCCCCCAGUGACAGUGAGCGUCUGACCUAAACUGAGAUUCGUGCAGUGACCCCCGCUGAUACCCCCACACCUGCAGUACUUCAUUUUUAAGGUGCUCUGGAAGGGACACACCCCAAAUUCCCCACUUGGAGCUCCAUGUUGCUGUAAUCCCAUCCUUACACCCCUAAAUCCCCAGAAAUCAAACAUCCCCAAAUCCUCACCUGUGCAGCUCAUCUCAUUCCCAGGCCCACCAAAUUCCUGAAUUCUCCUUUCUUCCUCAUUUUCUUCCCAGUACUCUGUUACACUUCUUCUGCAGCAGCCAUAACCUCAGUUUUCCAGAAGGUAGCAGAGAAGGCAAUAACACCAGUGUAAAAUUAUCCUUUAUCCCUGUCGCUCAUUCAUUGUUACUAGGACAUCCCCUAAUUUUGUUGCAGCGCAUUUGAUUGGCUGAUGGUGGACAGUUCAAUAAAUGGUCUUCUGUUGUUCCUCUGA